AUGGGCAACGGCAUGGCUGCAGUGCUGGCGCCGACAUACACGGGCUAUGUCGCCACCACUCAAGAUGCGCUGAUCUUGUUCGAGGCAUGUCUGACUGGUAUCCUCCAUCAUGUUCCACGACGUCCCCACGACCGAGAGAGAAGUCAACUGGUGAAAAGCGGUAGCGUAUUCAUCUAUGAAGAGAAUGCAUCAGGCAUCAAGCGAUGGACCGACGGUGUCACCUGGAGUCCGAGCCGCAUCCUUGGCAACUUCCUCGUAUACCGCGAACUCGAUAAACCAUUUCCUCCAGGCGAGAAGAAACGUGCUAUGAAGAAAGGUGCCAGGAGGCCAACACCAUCGGGGAGACCUGGAGAACCAUACCCGCGACCACAAGAAAGCAACGGGACUUCGUACCCAACCUCGACAUCGCCAGGAGGUGCCUCAUUUGGCGAGAGAAGCCAACAAUCGGAGCUCGAGCGGCAGUUGGUAGGGUCAUUGGUCGACUCGUAUGGUUUUAAAGAUUCAGGAUUGGUGAAGAAGACCAUGAGCGUGACGGUAUCAGGAGUGACACACCACCUGGUGUCGUAUUAUAGUGUUGAAGAUGUGAUGUCAAAUCGUCUCCAUACUCCCAUGCACCAAGAGAAUCUGAGGUACAUACGGCCACGCGCAGAGCUCACGACAAAGCAAAGCUUCCGUGCGCCCAUUGAUGACUUCGAACAUGGUACACUCGAGGACGGUGACCCGUCUACAGCGUUAUAUGCUUAUCGUUCCACAUUAGGCGGCCCGCAAGCGUAUGCCGCACCCAGCUCCGGUCCGCCGUACUACCAACUACCUGCAUAUGGCGCGCAUCCUCAUCAGCCUGGAGCUAUGCCCAGUUACGCUGUUGGGGCUCCUGGGCUUUCAGGUCAUCCCCCACCGAACCCCUACUUAACAAAUGCUCCUGGUUCCGCUGACAUUUCUGCGAAACAAGAAGGGUAUCCAACUUAUCGGGCCUCUGCACCGUACCCCGCCGCCUACAACCCGAUGAACCCCCCACAACCACAGCAACCGCCCAGUACCGCUUCACUCUACCGAAACCCCUCGCUGCAACAGCGGAGUGUGGCACCGGACACAUCAGGCCCUGUCGACCCCAGUUCAACAACAGCCCCCGUCUACCAAAGAGGAAGCUUCAAUGUCCCCGGACCCUUGGACGCGAGCCAGUCGCAACAACUCGACCAGCAAAAUGUCGGGCAGCCUUCUUACAACCCCGCUACCCGCCGAGAAUCGAACGCCAUGGGCCCCGCCAGCUCGUUCUAUAAUGGAGACCGUCAACAGCAACAAACACAGCAGCAGCAGGCACAACAGACUCAGGCACAGCAACAGCAAGCCCAACAAUCGCCGCAACACCAGCACCAGCAAUCAGCUCAGCAAGCAUAUUUCCCCAGCGCGGGCCACCAGCCGGGGCAGGCUGCUUCAGCCUACCAACCGACGCCGCAGUCGUCACUAUCGUGGAACACGGCUGCAACAGGGUAA